AUGUCUCAACGAGAAGCCUAUCAACUGCCUUCAUCCGGUGGCUACAACCAGUUCGCCGCCGGCCACAGCGCUGGCGAUGCGUCCGGUGGCCCAACCGUACAGUAUGUCUGCGGAGAAUGUGCCGCCAAAGUCAGCUUGGGCAAGGGUGAUGCCAUCAGAUGCAGCAUGUGCGGACACAGAGUGCUUUACAAGGAGAGAACGAAGAGAAUGGUGCAAUUCGAGGCCCGAUGA